AUGCACAACAAUUGUGUAAAACAUAGCCGGUGCGGGGAACGAAAGGGAUUAUUAUUACGAUUAGAAUUAUUACAUCAUGAUGAUUGUUUACUGAAAUUUACAAGAAUUUACUGGUGUGAAGGACAUGACAAAAUUUACGAAGUCUCGAGCGUCUUUGUUAAUGAAAUCCGGCCGACCUGUGCAGUUACGGCAGCGGAGCAGUCGAUUGUUGAGCUUGUGCAAGCCUCGAUAGAGGGCCACGAAGAGAAAACUUUACGUGUUGACCCGGGUUCGAAUGAUUGUAAGGUUCCGCCAGAAAAUGUCGUUAUUCAAUUGGGAAGCUGGUCGGAUAGUAAUGAAGAUAUCGACUUAGGCGUAUUUGAAAAUACAGAUGUUAUUUCAACGAGAACCCCUGAAAUCGAUCCCACCAGCGAUUUUUCUAUCUAUGAUCUUUCUAUCGGCUGUGAAAUAGAAAUAGAAACAGAGGCAAUGAGUGCAUCUGAUCAUUUAUCUUACGUCUGUGAGAAGCCUCCACACUUUAUCAAUUUGAUAUACGAAGAGGAGUGCAAAGUCGUACAUCAAAUCAUGGAAAAUGCUAGAGCAGAAAAAGAGGCUUCUGGAAAAAACGCCAUGGUUAAUGAGACAGAAUCGGCUGUAAAAGAACUCCUGAAGCUUCAAUAUGAAACUGAUGGAUUCCUUUUCGAAGUCGAUUCAUCUCUUGCCGAGACUGCCUUGAUGACAGAAAAAUCUUCUGUCAUUAACUCUGAAGCUAAUAUUUCUUCCAUAAAGCCGUCUUCCCGAUCAACUCGAAAGAUACCGAACAACGGACCUGUACAGGAAGUGAAUCAUCAAAUGGAAUUACUCUUCAAAAUAUACGAGCCGAUCGUAGGAAAUGCCGAACAUAUUGAUGUGUCAACCGUCAAUUUCAAGGUUACAAAACAAAGUUUGACAGGAUUAUUUUCUCCAAAUUGUUUAAAGGACGAAAUCAUCAAUGUAUAUUUGAAGAUUUUAGAAAGAGACUCGAAUUUCACAGUCAGAGUUGUCGACACUUUCUGGUAUAAUACCAUCAAUAAGAAGGUGUCAGCUAAGCGCCUAAAAAAGGAUGUUAUUGAAAAGUACCUGCAAAGUUUGGGAGAGAAGCGAUGGAGUAAAAUUCAUGAGAAGGUAAACAAAAGUUAUUGA